AGGGUGACCGUUGUAGUGCUGUCAAUGUUGUUGCACGGUGUUUCCACCGUAUAUUAGCACAUUAUUGAUCAUUAAGUUGAACCACUGCGUUGUUUCAAAGAACAAAAGUGCAUGUGAAGUUAACUGACAGAGAUUUCUUUGGUUUGGAGUUUGGAUCCCUCUGGAUGUUGAGUGCUCGGGCUCUGUUUGGGAUCGGCUUUCUGGUGACAUCAAGAGCAGCGACAGUUCUCGCUCAGACAUGCCCACAGUCUGCUGCAGCUAACAACCACAAGAGGGACUGUUUCAGCAGCAGAGCAGCGUCCACCAUGGCCCAGACGGUCAAAUACCUCGGGCAGGAGGAGGCCCAGCACAUCGACGAGGAGCUCUUCAGUGAGUACGGCUUCAGUGUGGAUCAGCUGAUGGAGCUGGCUGGACUCAGCUGUGCCACCGCCAUCACCAGGGCAUAUCCGCUUACUUCUCUGGUCAAGGCCAGACCCUCUCUGCUGGUGAUUUGUGGACCAGGUAACAACGGAGGAGAUGGUCUGGUCUGUGCUCGACAUUUGAAACUCUUUGGUUACGAGCCGACCAUCCUGUACCCAAAGAGACCAAACAAACCUUUGUUUCAGGGUCUGACCACACAGUGCCAGAAAAUGGAGAUCCCCUUCCUCACCGAGAUGCCUGAGGCUCAAGUGAUCGAUGAGGCUUACAACCUGGUGAUAGACGCCAUCUUCGGCUUCAGCUUUAAAGGUGCCGUGCGAGAGCCUUUUGGUACCAUCCUGGACGCGUUGAAGAAGACAACAGUUCCCAUAGCCAGCAUUGACAUCCCCUCAGGCUGGGACGUGGAGCAGGGCAGUGUGGACGGACUGCAGCCCGACAUGCUCAUCUCUCUCACAGCUCCGAAGAAGUCUGCGUCCCUCUUCAGAGGGCGGUAUCACUUCCUGGGAGGACGCUUUGUGCCUCCUGGACUGGAGAGGAAGUAUGAGCUCAACCUGCCUCAGUACCCUGGCACGGACUGUGUGCUGCAGCUGUAGAGAGAGAGGCUUAAAUGCUGUCUGGAAAGGAAUAGUUCAAGAUUUUAAAAAACUACAUACAUCCACUCUUUUUCCAGAAGUUUAGACGAGAAGGAGACGAUCAUUACCGCUCCUAUGGCUGUGAUAAUUCCUUUGCUUGAGCCUGAAGUAGGCUAGCCUGGCUUAGCGUAAAGACGGUACGUAUGAGUUUCUAGGUAAAACAUUUGAACACAUUGAUUAUUUCAUGUGUUUUGUUUUUACUGCAAGGCCAUGUCUUGUAUGAUAUCAUCAUCCUCUGACCUAUAAUCAAAACUGCUUGACUGGAUAGAAGAUCAGCAGUUCUGCACCCUAAAUGACAAAAGCUUUUAGGUAUAGCUUUUCUGUAUAGAUAUAAGUGAUUUAGUCAGCUUUAGAGGCCUUGGUAGACGUAUUUUGGAAGUUUGGACAAGCUGCCCUGCCUCUAGUCUUUAUGCUAAGCUAUGCUAACCUCCAGACUUCAGUACUCUAGUAAUUGAAAAUCAAAUCCUCAGUAUUUCUGAAUCCUUAAAAUUUUCUUCUGCAUUCUGACAUCAGUUCACAACAGCUCCAUGUGAAUAUCUAUUAGGUUACAGGUGAUUAAAGGUGAAGUCAGGUUAAAAAAACAUCCCUUUUCUUUGAAAAGUAUAAGUGAAAACCUCACAAAAGUGGUGUAAAUCUUCACAUUUAAUAUUUGAAAUGAAAAAUUAUAAUGAAUUACUAUUCCUUUAAUUUAAGGAUGAUUUGUUCCAAGUGGUGUAUGAUUGGUGAGAUAUCAAGGAGGCUCUGCUGUACAUGUAAUAAAUGAAGAUCAUGAUA